AUGAAUCGGAUGAAGACGCUGAUCGCAGGCGCGACAAGUUUCGCCAGGGAGCGCGGGCGAGAGGAUGACAGGUUUGAGGAUUUUAAAAUGCGUUCAAUAAUGUUUUUUGUAGACGUGGGGCGAACAACUUCUCGAGAGAUUAUUCGAGUCAGAAGAGAGGACCACCUCGUCGGGAUGAUUACGCAGCCAAACGUAGUCGUGUUGAGUGAGUCGUUUUCAAAAAUAAAUAGAAAAUACUCGUUACUUGAUAAAAAAAAUUAUGUUGACUCCUUGACAUCCUCGUAGGUAACCCUAAUAAAAAUCUUUUUUUAUUAAUAGCAGAAAUUGUAUAUGGUAUAUGCUUUCAAUAUAAUUUUAUACGCGAUUAUGAUUAGUGUUUUAUCGAAUUGAAAGAGUUUCAGUUUGAUUUCGGAGAUAAUAUGAGAGAUCGAAAUGCGAAUUUUUUUUUUCUCGGCCAGAGAGACUUUAAUUUAGCAAAAUUAUUUUUACUUCAUAUUAAUUGGAAAAAAUCGACCAUGGUGGCAAUCCUGAAGGUAUAGAACAAAAAUGAGAGUUUUAAGUUGAACUGAAGAUUUUUUAUUUUGUAUGUUAAUACUCGGGCAAAACUGAAAAGUUCCUCAAGAGCUUUUCUCAAUAAAAAGACUUUUUAAGACACCCCAGCAGACUUUUGUAAUAUAUUUCAUUUCAUUUUCCCAUCUUUUUCACAUCCUUUCAACAAGAAGGAUACUGGAAAGGAACUUAUUAGACUAGGGGGGAUGGAUCCGCUCAGAAUAUGAAAAAAAAAAGCUGAAAAGUUUUUUUCACGUCAUUUUAGGAGUGUUUAGAGGAACCUUUUUAGCUCCCUCUCAGAUUCCAUUGAGGACCCUUAAACGAAAAUUUCAGUUUUACCUAUGUAAUAAAAACUGUAAUUUCAGUGAUGCGGCGGACUCCUAUGACCCCGUGAUCAGAAACGGAGAAGAAGAUCCAAUGAAUGGCGCACCAACCGGACCCAUGCUAACUUUCAAACGAUUCCUUCUCAAUCAAGAAGACGAUAUUUCCGAUGAAGAUGCCGUGAAGAAGUACAACGAGUACAAAAUAGAUUUCAAGAGGCAGCAACUGGAACGCUUUUUCCGAGCUCACAAAGAGGAAGAAUGGUUCGAAAUGUUAUCGUCAAAGGCCAGAGGCGCAUUAUGCCGCGGUCAACCGGAUUCCAAAUCAUUACUUUUUUUUUCCACUUGGCUAGGAGGCCCUUCAACCAUUUCCACCGCUGAAUGAUUGAUUUUGUUACUCAUUUUGCUCUGUUUUAUCAUUUCAAUUUGGAGUUCGAAGCUAGGAAACUCGACUAAUUUCAGGUUCCGUCAAAAGUAUAAUCCGAAGACUCGAAAAAGGUCAAAGAUUUGCAAUUGACAAAUGUCUUGCGAAGAUUGGAGAUUUUCAACGAUUUGAAGAAGGCCGGAAACUUCGAUGGACUCUCCCUGGAGCACAAAAAUGCUGAGAAAAUCAUUCGUGCAUUGGACGCUGGUUGGUCUUUUCCUGAAUAUUUGUGAUAUAAUUGAACUUAAGUGGUUGUCAAAUUGGAAGGAGGAACGGAAGAAGAGUUGGCAGCCGUUCUCGCACAGAAAAUCGACGAUGAAUCGCUGGCAGAGUUGAAGGUGAAAUUCUAGUUUUCAUUCCAAAAAAACUCCACGUCUGUGUACAUCAAUGCGAUAAAAUGAAGGGGUUCAAAAUCUAAAAUUUCGAAAAUUUUCAAUAUAUUAAGAAUUCCAGAGGGGUCCCUAUAGGGGUUAGGGGUGAAAAAAACAGACCUUAUAGGGCGUAAACUAAGGGUGUUCCUUCUAGGGGUUCAGAGUCCGAACCCUAAAGCUCAGGGGUCUUUCAGCUUCAUUUAAAAAAAAUGCUCACUUGUUUAAUUUUUCGCAUGGAAAUGCUACUUUUUAGCAUAGAGUGAAAAGUUAUCGUCUAGCAUGUUCCCUAUAGGGCUCAAUAACUAAACCUCCCUAUUGGUACUACCUUUGUAAGCUUUAGUUGCUCCUAGAGGGGACCUUCAAGGGCUUCUAAGCUUGUAGCUUCUAAGCUUGUACCCCGGACCACUCACGCUGGAGUUCCUAAGUAGUUAGUAAGUAGUAAAAUAUGACUAUUUGUUCAAUAAAAAUGUGUUUUCGCAUCUAAAGAUUGUAAUAGUUGAAGGGACCGGCAUCUUUAUCAUAUUUUUAAACUCAUUCUCAUCAUUUUGUCACUUCAGAAAGAGAAAAAUGAAGGAGAUUCUGGAAACGUGGACGUCGGUAACGAAAACAGCCAGACUGAACUUGAAGAAGGGGCUAUUGAAGAUGGUAACAGUUGUUUUUUACUACUGAAGUUCCGUUUUUUUCAGAAAAUGACAAGCAUUCGUCCAAAGUGAGCAUUCACAAGACGAGUUCUGUUUUUCUGCGCAAUAUCCCGCCAAGUGUAACUUUUGAAGAGCUCGAAACGGUAUAUGAUUAACAAAAUCAACGAGUUAUUCGUUUUGUUCCAGCUCUGCAAAAAGAGCCCCGGAUUUUUGCGUUUGGCAUUGUCGGACGCGAUUUCAGAGAGGAAGUUUUAUCGUCGUGGAUGGGCGACUUUCAAGCGUGACGUCAACAUCAAGGAGAUUUGUUGGAAUUUGAACUCUGUCAGGGUUAGUUGAUUUCUGGAAAUUUUAAAAAAGGAUCUAGGAAAAAGUUUCUGAUGAAAACCUUUCAAAAACUUGGUCUUGAGCGGGAAGUUAAAAAAUUAUUCGAAAAUUUAGUUCUUUUAAUAGAAAAAUGCCUUUUGAGAGGGUCUUUUGUUGCCCAAAAAGGCCUAAAGCUAAAUCAUCAUAUUUUGUACGUAGGUUUUUUUGAAAAAGAAUUUGAGAUCGGGCUCUUUAAAUUCUUCCUCACAAGUCCAAACGACCUCAAAAAGAAAAGCCAAAGCUCCUUUUUAAGUCCCUAAAAAGGUGUCAAAAGUUUUUUUGGAAUCUCUUUUUCCUUUCUCUUCUUUUCCUCCUUUUAAAGGUCAAAAGAAAAAAGGUAAUUUUUAGCCCUUUUUUCCAAAAGAUUUUUUUGAGACCUUUUGGACUCUGCCCGUGCCUAUAGCUUCUCUCUAUUGCUCUUCAAUUUCAGUGGUAGUUGUUUUUUUUAGAUUCGCGACACCGACAUGAAUGGCAUUAUCAACCGCGACAUUACCCGCCGCGUUCGGACAACAAAUGGUAUUUCUGGUCAUCGACAAGUCGCUUCCAACGACUUGAAACUUGCCGUCAAGGUUUUGAGUUUUUUAUCCCGGCAAGUUGAUUUUUUGAUUUUCAGUUGGUUUCGCUCUAUGACAAAAGAGCUGGAUUGUUCAAUGCGGGUACCGAAUCGGAAGAAGAACGAGAGAAGGUUUCCCCUCUUUUUGAUUCUCCAGUAAAUAUUCUCUCAGGAUAUUCGUAUGGGCGUCGACCUCGUCGGUGCAAAUACCAAUCCACUCCUCUUGGAAAUCAGAAGAUCUGUGAACAUCUCAGAAAUCAGCCCCGAAGAAGAAGAACUUCUCGGUAAACUAAAAAUGAUCAUUUUUAAUCAGUUUUCCAGGUCUCUCAACUGGGAACGAAAAGAACGGACUGGAAGAAAAGUCGCUCUACGUCAGAGACGACAAGAUCCUGAAAGCUCUCGACUUGGUGAUUCUGUAUCUGCGCAUAGUGCACUCGGUCGACUUCUACAACCACGGCCACUAUGCAAACGAGGAUGCGAUGCCCAAUCGGUAGCCCAAAAUCCGUCAAACCAUCUUCUAAUCGAGUUUUUCCAGUUGCGGCCUUUUGCACGUUCGUGGACAGCCACCACCGCCUUCUCAGUUCGGUGCCGAUGACAACGGAAAUAUCCUCCUUUCCAAUAAAUUCGUUCAUGUAACUUGCUUUCAGAAGCUUUUCAUCAAAACUAUGCGACUUUCAGGAUUUCAUAGCUGGCUUCAACACUCGCAUCGAAAAAAGUCUGGUAGAGCGCGUCUACGUCAGCGAAGAGGAGCAGGAAAAGUUGGGGAAGAAAGACGGCGACAAGUUUGUUUCCCAACGUCUUUUUAUUCUUAUCCUGUGACACAGAGAGAUCGAAGCGUUCAUCCAGAAAAACAGUGUCGAACUGGCCAAAGAAAAGUGGCUCUGUCCGCUCUCCGGCAAAAAGUUCAAGGGACCCGAGUUCAUCCGGAAACACUUGCAAUCGAAGCACGAGGACAAGCUGAACGAAGUCAAAGACGAGGUCUGAAGUGUUCUCCUCCUUUAAUUUGUUUUCUAAGACCCCUAGGUAUAUUGACUAACUCCAGAUUCAGGGAAAAUUCCGGAGUCCCCCCUCACGUCCGAGCAAGCCCGUGUGUGUGUUCACAGCACAAACCCAUGAACCUAUAAACUAUCCUCAAAACUUUUCUUGUCUUCUUCUGCCAAUAAUUCAUGGUAAAUGUCGUUCCAAAAGUUGAUGCGAUGUGAUACGAAAUUGAAGAAAAUCAUUGAAGGUUUCGUUCUUAUUGACCUUUCCAGGCGGUCUUUUUCAACAAUUACAUCGCGGAUGCGAGCAGACCAGUUGAUGUCGACAUCCGUCCCUCCGCCGUGUCUUCGACAUCGAACCUACGCGAUCGCGAGCGAGAAACGCCGGCGAAUCGGGAACGCGAAGACGAACGAGACCGCUUCCGUCAGUACCAUUUCAUAUAAUACAUUGAGUUUUCGAACUUUUGAGAAGGAUUGAUUUCGAUUCGAACACCCUGAUUUGGUUUCUUAGGCUGUUAAAAUAAUCUUAGCUCUGAAGUUUCUAAUAAUCAGGUUCUAAUACGUAAGGAAGUUUGAAGCAGCAAAAUGAAAAACUUUAGACAAUCUUUAUGAUUUUCUUUGAAAAAUUAACGGAAAAGACUGUUCCCCUUUUAAUUUUGCACAUAUGAGAAAAAGAACAAAAAUUUAUCAAAUAAGUCGUUUUUACUUGAUUUUCCAGGAAAAUCGUUUAAUUUGCAAAUUAAUUUGAUGGCCCUGAAGAAUCCAGUGACAGAUAUUUGUAGCCCAAGUACUUUUGUAGAUUAAACAAAUGCUUUUUUUCAUUAAAUUUUCAAAGCUGACAUUUAUCUCACAUUAAAACCCGAAUUUUCUAUCAUUUUGAUUGAAAACAGAGCAAAAAAGUUGAAUAUGUUCUCUGAAAUUGUGAAUUUAAGGACCAACUUCAUAUGAUCGAUCUCGAGGCGGCCCUCGAAAUAGCUUCGGCUACGGGCGCGAUUCGGGAAGACCUGGGAAUGGACGGUGCGCAUUUUCUCUUCGACAAACCUUUCAUCCAUUCUCCUCCUUUUCAGCUACUUCGAAGACCAGCCACAGCGACAGAAUCGCCCACAAGUUUCGUAUCGCGACCUCGAUGCUCCCGAAGAUAUCCCGUAA